AGAGCCACGUUGUCCAAUUGUGCGGCAUCACAGGCAACAUCGAGGCGGACCUUCGUGUAUCUUCAUGCUCUCUUGAAUUAGAUCGACUCUCUUUACAGGGACGUGCCAUCAUCAAACUCAUUGUUGGGGAGUGAGGCCUUGCAACGUCACCGCGGUCGAAGAACGGUGCAAUUCCGGAAUUCUCUCAGUGUCAUCCUGCUCGCACUCCCGGACUUUCUCGAACUCCCCGGUUCGGUUGAUAUAGAAUGCUUUCAGUGAUGACUCUUCCGGUUCCUUAUUCUUUCAACAUGGAUAUUUUCGACGGCCAAGCCAACUCCCUCACCGUGCCAAGGAUCCAUCCGCCAUCUUUUCCGCCCUGGGAUAUAGACGCUCAGGCACAAACCCUGUCCGAACCUGUGUCAGCCCUUAGCGGAAUAUCUGCAGAGAGCUGGUUGAGCAAUAGCGUAUCAGUCGAUUACACCACCAUGAACUAUGACUCGACAGGAACCGCAUAUCAAUACGGACAAGCCUACGAUCGACCAUGGCUGUUCUCUCCCCCGAGCGGCUUUCGGAAAGGCUUGAAGAAAACCGAUCUUCGUCCAGUCCACGCUCCGACCAAGGCUCGAUCCCAGCUCCCGAGAGCAGCGAAACGAAGCUCCCCAUACGCACGACCGGAGGAGAGCGGCCCAUCUCGUCGCAGAGGGAGCGACAGCGGCGGCUCUGUUCACUCUGCCAACUCAUCACCCUGUCCUGAGCAACUCGCGAAGCUGGAAAAACGGCGACGUGCGAACGCAGAGGCUCAACGACUCUCCCGGCAGCGAAAAGAGGAGACCCUUUCCACCCUGCGUGAAGAGAUUGACAGGCUGAGCCGACGCACCGCGACCCUGGACGAAGAUCUACAGCGUCUCCGACAGACCAAGUCGGAAGUGAAUCGAAUUCUACAGGACGAAACCGCAAAGGUUGGUCAUCUGCAAAUGGAGAUUGACAGCAGGCGGAGGAGGCAAGUGCAGGGUGAUUUUAUGCAAUUGCAAGCGGAGCAAGGCAUGACACCAAUGAUCGGGCUCACCUCAUUCCCAGAUUCUUUCUGGACAAUGUGA